GUGUUUUUGGAGCCUCUAAAUUUAUGUUCUCUAUUUAUAUGCACAGUCCCUGUUUUCGGUGGAGAACUUUGUCCAUUAUAUGACUGUGUCCUUGGAAAUGCUGAUGAAUGAGGUUCCUCGAAUGAUAGUGAACGUGGUCCAGAUACUGCCGAUGGAGACCCUGAGGGAAGUACAGAAACCCACGCCAGGAUGUCUGCUCCAAAGGUCAUUCUGCUCCUGUCUGAUAAGGCCCGCUCCGGGAUCUGCUGACCUGAAGGAGCUGGUUGGAGUCAACCUUGAAUUCCAGAAAGCACUGGAGCAGCUCUUGCACACUGACCGCUUCUUCAAGAAUGACUUUGCUGUAGUUUUGCAGCCAUUCCUGAAACACGCAGAUCCUCCAAGACUCCCUAAUGGGAAGAUUGAUAUGAGCUUUUUUACUCCGGACUGUUUCCACUUCACCAUGAAAGGACAUGAGGAGUUAGCCAAGGGACUGUGGAACAACAUGUUUCAACCCGAGUGGGAGAAGUUCAUGGUGGAGAGUUUUUCAAAACCUAUUGAGCUCAUUUGCCCCCCUGUGAGUCAUCCAUAUAUUUACACCAGACCCAGUGCUGCAAAGUCAGGCACAUCACUUCCUGAGAUGCCCCAGUCAGCUGGCAUCAGACUAACUGUUCUCCACCUCGUCUUGGCUUUCCUUCAAAUGUGGUUGGCUGUUAAUCUGGCCUCCUUGUAGGACAUCCAUAUGGAGUAUCAUGGUACAUCAUAUCUGCCCACACGAUGUUCUGCUUGGGCUUAAUAUCAUUGCUUUGAACCACUGAGGAUCUAUUCUGAGACCCGAGCCACUGCAGGAUGGUCUAUGAUGAAACUGAUAACGAGGAAGUAAAAGAUAAAUAAGUUAUCAAAAAUGAACAGGUAAUUUGAGUUGGCCAAAUAUGAAGACUUGGUUAGAGUCAAUAUCAUAUUUAAUUCCUCUGUAGAGUUUAUGCAAUGGAAAUGGGAAUGGUGAAACCUCAGAAUAGAAAAAUAUAUGCUAAUGUGAUGACCUUUUCUGAUAUACCCAACCGAAAUAGAACAAGAGCAGGUGCAAAGCCACUUUUAGCUGGGUAUAAUGCAGCUAUAAUUAAAUUAGGCAUGAAAGGUAACGGUGUAAGCUAAUUCCUGAUGGUUUGAAUAAAAAUGGCCAGAGGUUAUACAGUAAACUCAUUAAGCCUAGAAAUUAAUGUUGACUGAGAAAAGCUGUUUUGCUUCUGAGAGCAUGGUGAAAAGUAAACUGUUUGAGAGCUUCUUAAUACCCGCAAUAAUUUAGAUAAUUGCUUUGGAUGCUGCAACAUGAGAAGUGGUUAAGGGGUUUGCUUCCUUUUUUUUUUUCUUUGAAAGUAAUUUUAUUUAUUUAAGAUAUGAUUUUUCUAUACAGCUGAAGGUUCUUCAUGUUUUUUUUUUAUUAAUUAUUCUAUUACAAAUCCAAGAACCCAUCUUUAUAGUUGUAAUUAGCAGCUCCUAAAGGUUCUUGGAAACCAACAAACAAAUAAACAAGAAUAAUUAAAUGAAUUAUAGCAAUGCAGUUAUAUUGGUGCUUUCUUCCCAUUUAUGUAAUCAAUAUGUUCAUGUUUUGUCAGUCUGUUUGAUUCUGUCUGCAUUAGUCCAAACUUAGCUUUGUGCUGCAUAUUCAUUAGUAGCCUAUUAUUAUCAUUCAAAGUGGAUGUGUUUUGACCCACUUUAUACCUCAGAUCUGUCAGUGAAUUGCUAAUAUUAGCCUCUUUUCUGUUUUAAAAUAAGUAGAUAACAGGGAGGUUUUUAUAUUUUGCCACAGGAUGUAAUUUCUAUCAUUAAUUCACUAGGUUGUCAUUAUUCUAUUCCUGAGAUCACAAGAUUGAAUUGAAAGCUUAUGUUUUCUUAUCAGUUUACCUUUGAUUUGUUGUUUAGAAAGACUAAUAUUUUUGGGGCUUUGUGUUGUACAUAUACUAUAAUAGUUUUAUUUACUUUCCUGUAUUGAUAGCUCAUACAGCACUAUUGCCUUGUUUAAUAUCAAUAAUGAAUAUGGGUUUUAUUUAAUUAUUUAUUUAUUUAUUAUUUCUUGCAUACUGGGAGUUCUUUUGAUUUGAGUGUUUUUAUUUAUUUAUUUUUACAUUUGAAAAAGUAAUUGCUUAGUUCUGAGAAACUGUUUUUAUUUUUAUUUUCAUGAUCCGAAAUAAUUGAACUCCAUUAUUAUCAUUCUUACAGGGUUUUAGUAGAUGAGUGGGUAAUUUUAGUUCCACAUAAGUACUUUGUCCUCUGGGCAUUUCUGGGAAAAUAGUUGUACAUGUACAUUAUAAAAUAAAUCUGAUUUCCAUGCAUGACUGAAU